CAUCGCAGUGGCCGAGCGACUGCUUUGCUGGAACCUACCCUCUCACAAGUUGGCAACCUCCGACACUGUAAGAACUACCAUCAUGGCCUUCGAACCCGCCUUUGCAAACCUCGAAAGUGUGACUGGCGAGGAGCCCAUUAGGCUCAGGUACUACGACUCCCAACCAGGUAGGAAAGAUGGCGUGUACACUACUGUCAUCGUUGUCCACGGGAACGGCUACAAUGGCGCCAUCUGGAAACCCUGGGCCCCGACUCUUCCCACAGACGUUCGUCUCAUCGCUUACUGCCGUCGAGGGUACCAGGACUCGUCCCCGAUCUACAACCCUCCGGAGCCCGUCCCUGGGCAGGUCGCCGGUAGGGGAAUCGUAGACGUGAUGGGCAUGGUCAAGCACUGUGUUGAAGUGCUCGGGGUGCCAGCAUUCGAUGAAGCUACAGGCAAGGGGGGUAUUGCGCUCAUGGGGUGGUCGCGCGGCUGCGUGCUCAUGGUCGGUCUGAUGGACCUUUACCCCACCCUCCCCUCCACAGGGAGCAAGUUCGGACUUCCCUCAUCCCUCCCUACGCUCACGCCCUCGAUCAAGUCCCACCUGCGCACCGUGCUGCACUACGAACCCCCUCUUCAAGCCGUUGGCAUCCCACCAGGCGAGCUUCCCGCAAUGAAAGUACCCGUUUCAGAACAGGGCCGUGUCUUCGGCCAGUGGAUGAAGAAUACUGUACCGGAGCAUGCAAGGCCCGUGCUGGACGAGGCAUUCCAGGCCGAGAACGUCCCUGUGGAUACUGCCAUGAUACUCGUUGGCCAAGGAGACUGGUCUGCGGCGGCAGAGAUCGCGAAGAAGGCCCUUAACCCAAUUCCCGAGGGGCUCCAUGUGGGCUUGCUGUACGGCACGAAAUCUCUUGAUUAUGUGUACGACGCGGUAGACGCGUACAAACAGCUGUUGUGGAAUCAGCCUCGUACGGGCUCGCUCUCCAUGGAAGGCACGGGACACUUUGCGAUGGCCUCUCACCCCGAGUUGUUGACGAAGACGGUUGUGGAGCUGUUGGAUACGCUCUGAGGACUGAGGAGGAAGUGGAUUGGAA